AUGGCUCCUAAGACCCCAUCCAAGCCUCACCAGGGCAAGCCACCCUACAAGACCUUUAGUACUUUAGUGAAGUACAAGGUAGCUUCUUGUGUCUCUAAGAAGCUGUUACACCUCCUCAAGUACUCUGCGCCUGUCAGGCCAGCGCUAGAGAAGCGCAUAAACCUCCCUAAGCACACUGAGCCAGAAGUAUGA